CGGAUUUAUGAUUCUGAACAGAGAGCUAGAGAGUCGAGGUUUUGUCAAAACAAUAGUUGGUAAUUUGAUUAUUUUUUGUUUGAGUGGAUGGUGAUUUCAAAGAUGGAGAACAACUGUGGCAGAUGCUGUGAGAAGGCAUCCGAAGUGGAAUGUGCAGACUGUGGAAAGCAUGGUCAAGGACAAGGUGGAAAAAGUGAUGCUGCUGCAGCAGGCGCAGGUGCCAUUCCUCUUUGUUUGGAGUGUUCCAAUCUUCUUCAUGUUGGUUUCAUGAAAGACCAUAAACUUGAAACCAUUGAGGUCAAGGCGAAAAGAGAGGACUUCAAGGACAACAUGAAAAACUACAAAAAGAAGGAACAGGUGUUGAAGAGAAGUCUUGUUGAGAUCAAGCAUGCAUACCAAAACAUCACAAGCAGGGGUGAAAACAAUAAGUACACUGUACAACAAGCAUUGGUAGCUAUUAAUCAUGCUCUGAAGAAGAAAGAGGAAGCACUGAUGUCAUGUAUGAAUCAAAGUAUUAGCGCCCUCAAAGCUCAGCUUGCGACAAGUGAAAAGGAUCUGGAACAACGUUUGAAGAAACUGCAAAGUUGCCAUGAGAAGGCUGAAAAAGUUGUAUCUUCUGAAGCAGAAAAAUUCAUGAGUGAGCAUUCAGAGGUAGCAGAAGAGAUUGAGAAACUGCUGGGUGAGAAGACACCAGGAGACAUUCCAUCUUUGAACCCAUCUAUCUCAGUCGAUGCCCUUGAUGUCAGCAAGGUCUUAGGAAGUCUUGAGAGCUUUGGCGCUGAAUGGCUGGCUAAUCAGAAGACUGAUGAAAGAACUCCACUAGCUGAUAGUGUCAAGGAAAUCAAGGAAGGAGACAAGCUGAAGGGAUACGUUGAAAGUCGAAUGGAUGCUAGGGGUUGUUUCUGGGUGUGUCAGGACAUGGUUGAAGGAAUCACAAACCUCUUAGAUGAUCUUAGCUUUGAGAUCAGGAAGGAUAUUAUAACUCAUGGUUGGGAGGAUCUGACUGUUCAAGAAGGCUCCCUCUGUGUUGCUCAGUAUUAUCAAGAUAAUAGAUGGUACAGAGCAAGAGUGGAGAAACUCAAAGAGCACACAGCAGAGGUACGAUGGUUAGAUUAUGCACACGCUGAUGAGGUUCAGCUUAGUCACAUUCAGCCAUUGAGAGAACGCUUCAUGGACAUCCCAUUCCAGGGCUUGGAGUGUUCACUGUUUGCUGAUAUGUCAGAGGAAAUGCCUCGUCAAGCUCGUUGGGAGUUCUCUGAUCUUGUCUCUAAUAUGAUCUUGGAUUGCAGUGUCAUCAGGAAGUUAUCUUCAGCCAAUCAAGGGAAAGUUCCUCUGUAUCUCAUCAGAUUGGAUCAAACUGAGGGAGAGAAACAAGAUAUCGCAGAAUGUGUCUGGAACAAAGCCCAAGAUUCAAGAAGUAGUAAGGGACCAAUUGCAUACCGGGACAUCCGUCUACUCAACGAAGAAGCCAAGGAUAUACAGGUCAUCAAGGAAGUGGUCAAUUCAAGCAAGAAAACGUCUGAUGAUGCAGCCAAGACGACAUCGGAGGAGAUAGAGGGUGACAAGAAUGAGGACGGGCAGAAAGAAGAUGAAGAAACGAAGGAGUCAAAGCCAGAAGACGAAGAAGACGUGAAGCUGUUAAAUGGAGGUGAUGGAGAGACUGAAGGUGUGAAAGAUGAAGGAUUGAAGGAUGAAGAAGUGAAAGAUGAAGGGAAAGAUGGAGAAGAAGAUCUGAGUCUAGCUCAGAAGCUUGAAAAACAAGGAGAUACUGCCCCGGCUGAUGGAGUUCCUACUGGUACGCGUAUGUCCCCGAUGGCAUUCAUCGCAGCCCAUGGGAGCUAUACUGCUAUCAAUGGUAUCAGUAGCAAUGAGAAUACUGGUAACACCAUGCCACCGUUUGUUGGACCUCAACCUCAACUAGACACUGGAUGGUAUCAACACUAUACAAGCCAUUAUGCUGUUACCAGUAUGGGGCUUCCAGCGGUGGUAUCAGCUUCUAAUGGAGAUGCCUAUGGCAUGGUACCAGGGUCACAUCUUGGUGUUCAUGUUGCCACCCCUCUGACAGUGGAUGGAACAUUCUGGGCAGCUAAGGUCAGAGGUCAUGAGCAAGAGAUUAGAUUCAGGAGGCUCAUGCAUGAGAUCAGUGCUCCAGGUGACCCCUUGCCCAAAGAUCAGCUUCAUAGGGGCAAGAUGGUCUGCGCCUUUCAACAUGAUAUGGGACAUUGGUGCAGGGCUAAGGUGGAAGAAAUCGCUCAAGACACGGUUCAUGUUCGAUUGAUAGACUUUGGAUCUGUAGCUUCAUUGGAUUGUAAGCAGCUCAAAGCAUUGGAUGUAAGGCAUGGUGUCUUCCCAUUCCAGGCAUUUGAGUGCAGUCUAGCAAAGAAGGACCUGACAAAUUUCUCAGAGAGUUCCAGACAGCUGUUCCAUCAUCUCACUGCUGUUAAAUUAAUCACUGCCAAAGUGGAUGCUGUCUCAGACUUCGUUGUGUAUGUCUCUCUCUUCUUGACUGCUGAGGGAGGAGAAGUGGUAGAUGUGGUUGCAGAACUCGCCAAAAAUGAAUCUUCCAGAGGAGCUCAAGGGAAAGAAGAAAUUGCACCUUCACAACAAAAAGGGAGCAUGACAAAUGGCCAGCCCAAAUCCACAUCGAAAGUAAGCUUCUCGCCAUUCCUGAAAGAAACAUAUAGGAAGUCACCCCCUUUUGUGGCUGAUGUUGAAAGAGAUUUUGCCAACUUAAUAAACAGUGUGAAUAAAGAGUCACAACAUCCAACCCAGAACUAUACAUUCCCUCCUAUGCCCAGAGACCAACGUGCAUUCGUUCAUGAGCUAGCUGAUUUAUACUGCCUACCAUCAGAUAGUGCAGGUCAGGAUGCUGCAAGGCAUGUUAUCAUCACUGCUACAAGGGGAAAGAGUUUUGUUCCAUCUCCUACUCUGUCAGAGGUGUGUCAGAAUGAACCAGUCAACCCACCAGGGGCUUAUGUAGAAGAACAACAAAGUGAGAGAGACCAUGGGAGGUACAUGGGAGGUAAUGUACGAGGUGAUGAUGGUAGACAAGGAUGCUUCGUCUGUGGUGAUAUAGGACACCGGAAAACAAACUGCCCUAGGAAUAGGAACCGAGAAAGGAGUAAGAACGCAUCAUGGUGGGGAGGAGAUGGUGGAAGAAAGGGUCGCAAAGGAGGCGGUGGAGGCAGGAGAAACUGAUCAUUUGAUAUCAUUGGAGGGAAAUAGACUGAGAAUGAAGAAGAGAAGACCUUUAUUCAUGAUCUAGGGAGCCAAUUCAGAUAUGUUUCUUGCAAUCUUCAUAGUGCAUCGAGACGGGUGUUGAAAAGUAUGUCUCUGUUCAUUGAAAACAUCGAUCGGUUGGACAUCCAAGUUUUGGUGCUUGAAGUGUAUGCAUUAACAUCUUGUACUAAUGCAAACACCAAGUUAUUAGCACCAAACUGUGUUGCUAUAUAUUAGUAGUUGGUUUUUUUCUGCGUUGAAGAUUGGCCUGGCAAUUGGACUUUGUGGUCUGUUAAGGGCAUUGAAGUCAAACAAAAUAGAAGGGAUUCCAUCAGCUAUUAUUUUCUGAAAAGAUAACAGUUGUUUCUUAUUUUGUUUUAUUUUAAUUUUUGGACAGUCGCCAUCAGAGGAAAAAGGUAGAUCAAUUGCUGUUAUU